UUAUCCAAAACAAGAAGCAAAGCACAGUCAAAACGCGUUUAAAGCAUAAAAAUAAACCCUCCAAAUUCCGAACUCUAUUCUUUAAAUUUCUGUCUUGAAUCAAUAUUUUCUCUGCAAACAAACAAAGAAUUCAGCCAUGGGAAACACCGAGAAGCUCUUGAACCAGAUCAUGGACCUGAAGUUCACGUCCAAAUCGCUGCAACGCCAGGCGAGGAAGUGCGAGAAGGAAGAGAAAGCCGAGAAAUUGAAGGUGAAGAAGGCGAUCGAGAAAGGUAACAUGGACGGAGCUCGGAUCUAUGCUGAGAACGCUAUUCGCAAGCGCACUGAGCAGAUGAACUACCUCCGGCUUGCCUCGCGACUCGAUGCUGUGGUUGCCAGGCUCGAUACCCAAGCUAAGAUGACCACCAUUAACAAGUCCAUGGCUAAUAUCGUCAAGUCACUCGAAUCCUCCUUGGCCACCGGCAAUUUGCAGAAAAUGUCAGAGACAAUGGAUCAAUUCGAGAAGCAGUUUGUGAAUAUGGAGGUCCAGGCAGAGUUUAUGGAGAGUGCUAUGGCUGGCUCUACUUCAUUGUCCACACCAGAAGGUGAGGUCAACAGCUUGAUGCAGCAAGUGGCUGAUGAUUAUGGGUUGGAGGUCUCUGUUGGGUUGCCACAACCAGCUGCUCAUGCUGUGUCAACCAAGACAGAGGAGAAGGUUGAUGAGGAUGAUUUGUCAAGGCGGCUUGCAGAGCUUAAGGCUAGAGGUUGAAAGAAAUGGUGGAAUUAAUUUGAAUGAUCUUGUGAUACAUAAUAUCACUGUUAUAUUUGACUGAAUUUGGUUUUCCUUAUAAUGUUAUAUGCUGUGUGUGUUUCAUA